GAGGUUGACAGUGCUAUCAGCCAGGGGCAGCGGGCUCUCCCGGAACUCUGCAGCCGCAGCGGUUCUGACUAUUUCAACAUCGGGGUUCGGACCAACAUGGCGGUGCACGGAUGGAAAUACUGAUGACAGUCCGAAAAAUCGCCUCGAUUUGUACGAUGGGCGCCAAUGCCUCUGCCUUGGAAAAGGAGAUUGGACCGGAACAGUUUCCCGUUAAUGAGCACUACUUUGGAUUGGUCAAUUUCGGCAACACCUGCUACUGUAACUCGGUGCUGCAGGCUCUGUAUUUCUGUCGACCGUUCAGAGAGAAGGUGCUGGCAUACAAGGUGCAGCCUCGUCGAAAAGAAUCCCUCCUCACCUGUCUGGCCGACCUGUUCAACAGCAUCGCCACACAGAAGAAAAAAGUCGGCGUCAUUCCUCCCAAGAAAUUUAUUUCACGACUGAGAAAAGAAAAUGAGUUGUUUGACAACUACAUGCAGCAGGAUGCUCACGAAUUCCUCAACUACCUCCUCAACACCAUCGCAGACCUGCUGCAGGAGGAAAAGAGUCAGGAACGACAGCAGAAUGGAAAACUGGUGCAGAACGGAGGAGGAGAGGGAGGAGACGGCGAAGGAGGGAAGGAGACGCAACAGACUUGGGUCCAUGAAAUCUUCCAGGGCACACUGACCAACGAGACACGCUGCCUCAACUGUGAAGCUGUGAGCAGCAAAGAUGAGGACUUUUUGGAUCUGUCGGUGGAUGUGGAGCAGAACACGUCCAUCACACACUGUCUGAGAGGCUUCAGCAACACUGAGACGUUAUGUAGUGAAUACAAGUACUACUGUGAGCAGUGCCGCAGCAAACAGGAAGCCCAGAAAAGGAUGAGGGUAAAGAAGCUCCCGAUGAUCCUCGCCCUUCACCUGAAGCGCUUUAAAUACAUGGACCAGCUGCACCGCUACACCAAACUGUCCUAUCGAGUCGUCUUCCCCCUGGAGCUCCGCCUCUUCAACACGUCUGGGGAUGCCACCAACCCUGACCGCAUGUACGACCUGGUGGCCGUCGUCGUGCACUGUGGCAGCGGUCCAAACCGCGGACACUACAUCACCAUCGUCAAGAGUCACGGCUUCUGGUUGCUGUUUGAUGACGACAUUGUCGAGAAAAUCGACGCUCAGGCGAUUGAAGAGUUCUACGGGUUGACGUCGGACAUUUCCAAGAACUCUGAGUCAGGUUACAUCUUGUUCUACCAGUCCAGAGACUGAACUCAGUCGGCGGAAGAGCCCCAACAGACUGUCACUCAACAGAGGAGGAGGGGCUUAUGCCUGCCACAUGCUCCACCAAGUAUGCUCGCAUAAGUAUCCAGGCUUUAUUUCCUGUAGGAUGAGCUUUGCACUGGAGCGCUGUUCGGUUGGUUCCAUUGGGACGUGAGAGCAGAUUAUAUGCCAGAUUCCUGGAUUAUGACAGUUCAAACCCUCUGAAUCCACACUGCACCUUAAAACAAGGCUCAGUCCGUAAUACGCGGUGCGCUGUGGCAUCAACUGGGACCACUGAGUGCGGCCAAUCCAAUCCACCGACAUCGCCGUGUGCACUGGGCUCCAUGUUUGGAGGUGAAACCAGGCUGGGAUUGUUGUGGCCAAGCGGAGUAACGAGUCAUCUCUUUGGGACGAGAUACAAAAGCGCCGUUCUUGUUAGUGUGCUUAUCAUACCGUGCUAAAUUAGCUUUUAAACUGAGUCAUGGGCUACAUGCUAACGCAGAUGUACCAUGCCAAAAAAUCCCCCCCAAAAAAGAAAAGUCAAACACCUUCUCAUAUUUGACAGCGCUGUUGGAUGUUGCGCACUAAUACUAUUGUUAGUGACCUCACGGGGGCGUGUCAUAAUGGUGUUUCAGAUGCUAGUUUGCAGUGUUUGCUUCAUACUGGUGGUUGGAGUGUUACAGGCAGGAGGAAAAUCCAAACUUAGCCACCAGAGGUGCAUAAAACUCAUUACUUUUGUUUUUAAAAACAUUUUUAUUUAAGGUAUUGAUUUUGAGUACCAAGUUGGAUCAGUUUCUGAAAAUCUAAUUUUUAAUGAUAACAGUUUGCAGUGCAAACCUCUGUAAGUUAACAACUGUUGAUUUGUAAUGAUUAUGUUGUUUUGAGCAUUCUCCCGUUUUGACCUUAUUUUGCCGGAUGUGUUUUAGGAUCGUAAACCUGUAGUUCCUAACUAAGCUGAAGGUGGCACCAAACUUCAUUUAAGUUGGCGCUAUUCCAACAGAAGAGUCAGUAUUUCUUUUGAGUCAGUCGUCGUUUUUUCUGUCCUGAUCUGAAGCUGGGGUGGGGUGGACUUGCGGUCCCGGGACAGGUGUGUGUUUGUUUGUAUUCCAGCGGAGGAGCACGUCUGUGUUCUUGCUGUGGUCCAUUUCUGUGCCAUCUUCCAGAAGAAUAAAAAAAUCCCUUUCAGGCGUGGAAGGAAUCCAAUGCACUCGUUUUCACUCCUCCACGAUUUGAAGUCAUUAUUUUUUUGUUUAGCUGACUUUUGUUGAUUUUAUUUUGUUUUCUAACUACAGUCAGUCGCGCUGCCGUUUUCCUGUUGCACAGAAUCAGUUGUCACACUACAUGCAGACUGAGCAUUUCUGUCCAUCUCUGUUUUGCAAAACUUACCAUCUUGAAACAGGUGCAGCAGGUUCGUAUAUAUUUGGGGGUUAUUGGCGUUGCCGUGGUUACGCCUGAGUCCACGUGAUGUCCACUGUUUACUCCUCUGUGGUCUUCUUCUGGAAGAUGAUUUUUUUAUUUCCAUCUGUUCUUGAUCUGGCCAGUUAUAAAACAGAUUUUUAUUAUCUUUUUGACCAGAGAAUAUUUUCCGCCAGGCUUUUUAGGGGCCCUGAACUCAUCGUCAGACUGUUUAUUUUUGAGAAUCUAUCAGUCUGUUUCUUCAUUGGCUGCAAGUCUGCAGACGAGCCGCCAGUUAGCUUCUUUUGGUCCCUUAGAAACCAGCGGCUGCACAGAGACGUGCAGUAACUCCUGCACCGUUGAUCUGGAUUUAAUUACCCUAAAAUUGGAACACCUUAAGCUCAUUUAAAAUUUGCUUUCAAUUGUGACAGUGCUAACUUUGUUAGCGGUCAGUGUGCGUGCCCGCAAACUGUUUAUUAGCCUCAAAUUACUCCAAUUUCAGCUGACUUGUUUGUGCUGCUAAUGUGGAACACGACCACAGAGAGUGUAUAUUUAAAUCAGUCUGUCUGACCCCGCCUCUCCUCUCCUAAAGGGCAAAAAUAAAAUAAAAAAUUCACUAUUUUGUACGGGAUCGAUCAAAAUUCAUUGCUAACCAUUAGAUUAGUUUAUUAGUGGAUUUGUAAAAUUAACAUUUUUUUUUUCAGUUGUGUGUGAUUUGACACAUUUCAGUUUAUACAGUUAAUUCACAUCAGAAGAAUGAGAACUUUUAAAAAUAACUUUUUUGCAGGACGUAAAAUUUGAAUGCAUUAUACAGCUAGCAAAUGUGAGCACUGCUGUAGCGGCCUCCUUUUCUACUCUACUUCCUUUCACUAGCUCAAAUUGGUGAGCACAUUUUCCAGUCGCGAUGGUUUGCGUCAGAAUGAACCGAUUUUUGGUCUGAAAUUGCGAACAUGACUGGAGCCUGUAGCAAGGUUGCGAAACAUUGUAGUUUUAAAAUUAACAUUAGUUAUUAUUUCUGUUUUUUUUUAAUGAAGUUAACAGGCUUCUCAUCAGGAUUUUUUUUUUUUUUUUUAGUAGCGUAAUGGGAUGGAAAAAUCACCUCAAAAAGCUGAGGGUUCGGGGGCCACUUAGGCAGCGCCCCGGUGGGGGGAUCGGGGGGGGUUAGCAUUAUGCGCUUAGAAAAGACCUUUUUUGUCCAUCUAAAUAAAUAUACCAAAUAUUUCUGGAAUUAACUUAGACGUUAUAUUUUUACCUUUUACAUACCAUGUUUCCAGAAUAUUGGACAAUCAGACGCUUUAGCUCACAAUAACUCGCAAAUCAUGAGGUCACAACAACAUUUAUUGAAAGUAAAGCAGUUGCAUAUACAUUUCUAUCAUAGAUUUUAUUAAAGAAUGCUCAGGCAGUAACGUCAAUUCUUCGACCAAAACCUCUCUCCCCCCACCCAAAGCACAACCAGAGGGAGCUCAUUGAUAUGUGAUGUGAGUUUGGUUGCACUACAAGCAAUAAUUCAAAUUUAUUACAAUAAAAAAAAAAUUCCUGAAAUUAUAUAAAAGUUUAUUUUCCCAUUGUGAAUUUGGUGGCACUACAACCAUAGAUGAGACAUUGAGUUUUUAUCAAAGCAUUUUCUUUCGCCGUGGUAAUUUGUUGACAGUCCCUAAGCUCCGGUCUCAAAACCAGCUGCAUGUCAAAAUCAAUGUAAUUCAUAAAGAACAGAGGACAUCUCAUUUUGGGGGAAAAUUAGCGGUUUUGGUCAGUUGUAGUUUGUUAUCUGUAUAACAACGUUUGGAAAGAGGUGUCUUGGUUUUAAAACGGCGGUUAGCUUUGAAGUUAUUGAUUCCGGAAUCGAUCUUUCCAGCUUCACUCUGCAGAGAGAUGCAGCAUUAGGAGGAGCGAUGUUUAAUCAGUCCCAAAACAACACACGGAGAAUAUUAUUAUUAUUAUUAUUAUUGUUUUGUUUUUUUUCCUUUACAUGAGGGGCUGUAACGCCAAUUUACAAAGCGAGAAAUAUUAAUGGUCAAGUCCAUGUCAGAGAACUGCGUCGUUGGCUGCACCAUGCACGUGAGGAACGAAUAAAAACAGUCUGGUGUGAAACGGUUUAUGAUUCUCACUUCUUGCUCUCAACAAUAGAAAAGCGUCCCAGUUAGCAACUUUAAUCAGCAGAAAGGUGAGUCAUGAUUGAUAUCUUUAAAUGGCUUUGACGGAGGUUGAUGAAGAAAUUGUGGAUCCGCUGCUUAUGAGUGGAUCCACAAUCAACGUUGAGAAAUGACGUUUCCCGCUACAUACCCUCGAAAACAACGUAACAGCCCAAUUGCAGCGUAAUUAUUUCAGGCAGCAGCGUAAUGGCCCGUUACACUGUUACCACGCUAGAGAGAACUAUGGUUAAGUGAGCAAACUGCAGUAACUUUGUGAUUCAGUUUCAGGGUCCACUUCUUUGUCGAAUCAAGCAACAAAAUUUCUAAAUUUGUUGACACAUUAUUGUGUAACUCGACUUAUUAAAAGUUUCACCAGCAGAAUCUGCAGACUCCUAAAAUGCUGCCUUUAUUAUACCACCAUAAAUUUUAGAAUAAUCAAAGUAUUAAUGAAGGAAAACAAGCGCACAUUGUUUGGGAGGUAAAAUGCAACAGAAUCUGCUAAGAACCAGUUUUGAUUCUGUUUUAAAUUUUUUAUCUGGAAACAAUUUGGUCUUGAAGCUGUAAAAAAAAAAAAAAAAAGUCUGAUAAAUGUUUUUAAAAUGCAUGUUGACAGAAGGUUAUUUUUUUAUUUAAAUACUAUGAAUGUUAUUUUGAAUGUUUUUUUUUUGUUUUUGGUUCACGUGUUUGGUAUAUUUUACUUGUCUGUGUUCUUGUGUUGUCGUUGGAGGAUUUAUUUAGAUUUAUUUUGGGAGUAUGUAAUAAUAUGUACAUAAAUACAGGUAUUAUUAUUGGAAUAUAAAUCACUGCGUGCUUUAAGUAAUCAGCAGAUCAAAAAUGCUUUUGAAGUACUUUUUGUCCUGGUAGUGAAUCAAUACAGCCGGUAAUUUAAAUAACAAGCCCCGCCCCUUCCGGCAUAUAUUAGACCAAAUGACCAAGAGAAGGUUAAACGUGAUUGGCUAUCGUGUAACACGAGCUGCUACACAAACGAUUUGUGUAAAAAGUUUAUAUUAAUACAUGAAAAGUAAAAAAAUAAAAUUACCAUUUAAAAAACAUUUAACCUUUUUUGUUUUAUUUUUAAUAUUUUUGGUUGUACUUAUUGAGAAAAAUUACUUAAAGAAUUUAACCGCAUUUCAUCAAAUGUAGAUCAAAAAGCUGUCAAAUAUUAAUACUGUACCACAAAGUCAGAGUCGAGUCCCUGUUUCCCAAGUCUGGGUCACGUCCUUAUGACGGUACUAAAAGUAAUAUUGCUGUCAGUUUUUACCAAGUUAUUUCUAACAAAGAAAAAUUUAAAAAAUGAGUCCUUGUCUCCAAAUUUUGAGUCCACGCUGUCGGUGUGAGUUUUUUCAUAGCAGUUCCUCCUGUAACUGCAGCUAAAAUACUACAGAUGUUCAGCACAAAGUAUUAAAUAAAAAUGUUUUGGUGUAAUUUUCUUCCCCCCCAGUUUUAGAAAAUAUUUCUACUGGCCUUAUUAUUGUUAUUUUGAUGUCUCAGAAAGUAGAAGUGAAUGAAUGUGUCGCUAACUCUUCGUCACUGACAGUAGCUUCAUCCACACUAACGACAAAGCUUCAGGCGACACCCAACAGCUGUGUUUUUGUCGUCCGUGUGCAAAAUGUAAGAAAACUGAAAAAAAAAUUCUUCAGCUGAGACUGAAAUGUUUCUGACUGCACUGUUCAGACCUUCUUUCUUUCACCAGAGUUGUGACUGACGUUUGUUUGUCCUUGUGUGUGAAGCUGGUGGUUGUAAACAAACUGGCGUCAAUGAUGUUUGUAUUUGUGCGUCUGCUGCCGUCUGGAUGUUGACAGGAUCCCAGUGUGACACCCAGCAGGUUUUCAUCGUGUCUCAACAGUGUGAAAUAAAACAUAAGUGCUUUUCAA